GGAGUGGCAGAGGAGCCCUCUAGCAGGAGAAAGCAAAACUGUAUUGCGUGGUUCCAGCUCCAAACAGACAUCGCUCAUAUGAGAGUUGAUCUGGGAAGCAGAGAGAGGUUUAUCUGCAACUCUCAGGAGAGGCACAGGAAAGGGCUGCAGAAACUACAGAGACUAUUAAGUAGCAGAGCAGAGGAAGCUGGAUGACUCUGAAGCAGUCACCAUGUGAUAUGCAAACUACAGCAUCAGGGAAGAGAAUCGAAACUAAAGUCUUGCUCAUUUCUACAGAGAGGCCUGGGAUCAGUUAGGGCUGGGGGUGGAGAUUUCUCUUUCUCCUCUGGUGAAGUGUGUAGUGUUGCUCACUGAUCUGUUUCUCUCUCCAUCUAGCAGCCAGCCCUUCAGUCUCUUUUUCAGCUGUUUCUCUGAGGUUUCUGGCCUUGACUCCUGAAGCCAUGGCAGAGGCAUCAGAACUGGGAGCAGCUUCUAGUCUAGAAGAGGAACUCACAUGUCCCAUAUGCCUGGAUGUCUACAGGAACCCGGUGUCCCUGACCUGUGGUCACAGCUUCUGCAAAGACUGUGUCCAGAAAGCUGUGAGCACUCAGCAAUCCCAGGAAGGCUCCUGCCACUGCCCGCUGUGUCAGGCCCAGCUGGAGCCCUCGCUGGAGCUGCAGACAAACUUCCAGCUCCACAGCAUCGUGGGGAAGUUACUGGGUGCCCCCAAGAAGAGUACUAGCCAGGAGAAGGAGGCACCGCAGCCUGAGGAAAUAGAAGACACUCCUCAGGAAGAUGAGACAGUCCUUUGUGAUUUCUGCCUGGAGCAAUCUCAGCCUGCAGUAAAGACCUGCCUGAACUGUGAAGCUUCUCUGUGCCAAGCCCACCUGAGCAAACACAAUGCCAGGGCCACCCAGAGGAGCCAUGUCCUGGUGGAGCCCAGCGCUGGCAAUUCCCUGGAAGAGAGGAAGUGCUCGGAGCACAGCAAGCUGGUGGAGUGCUACUGCGUGGAUGACCUGGCCUGUAUCUGUGUAUUGUGUUACAUCGCAGGCUCCCACAGGGACCACAAUAUCAUCACACUGAAGGAGGCUUGGGACAAAGAACUGGGCGUUCUCCACCAAACUCUGCAAGAGGUGCAAACUAGUGAAAGUGAAUUGAAUAAAAGCUUAGAAAAUCUGCUGGAAAAUGAAGAAAAAGUCAAGACUGAUGAGAAGAUGUUCAGGGAUCAGCUACUGAAGCUCUUCAAAGAGAUCCGUUCUCAGGUGGAUCAGAAGGAGGGGGAGAUCCUGGAAGCCAUCAAAUCUAGUACAGAGGAGCAGCUUUCUGAAAUUCAGAAGCGGAAACAAGCAACUGAACAGAAGAGAGAUGAGGCUGUUAAGGUUGUUCAGGAGCUGCAAGCUUCGAAAAGACAAAGAGAUGCUUGGCUCUUUCUCAAGACAUUUAAAGUGGCUCGAGACAGGUUAAGGCAACAAGAUUUCAAGGUAGAUGACAUGAAAAUGCCGGCACCCGUUAUACAACUGGAUUACUUAACAGUGGAGAAUAUUCUAAAGAAGUCGCAGCAAUUCAUCUUAGAUGUACAUAAAUGGAUACACGUGCCAUAUAAUCACUAUCACCUGACCUUUCGAACUGGGGAUAACCAUCCAAAUCUCAUGAUUUCACAUAAUUUUCGAACGCUCACUUGGAACUACGGAACUACCGAUUAUAGCAAAAAUGAUUUCGAGUUAUAUUAUUCACCCGACUACUUGUUCCCAAUGGCACUGAGUUCAGAGACCUUUUCUGCAGGCAGGCAUUUCUGGGAAGUGGACACCUCAUCUGGAGCUCACUGGAGCCUUGGAGUCACUACCUGCUCCUCUCUGUGGAAUAAAACUAGCAUGUAUAACUACUACUUGCAAAAAGAAGGCAACUGGCUCAGUGUAUUUGAACAUGGUACAGUGACUAUGAAGCAGGAAUGGACAAAAUUUGUAAGAGCUGUGAGGGUUGAGCUAGAUUGUGAAAAAAACAUGAUGUCAUUUUAUGCGUCUGACCAGAUGCCUCCUGAAAAGUAUCCUACACUUAUAAAAACACUGAGUGUUUAUUUGAAAUCUCCCUUCUAUGCUGGCUUUUGCCUUCUUCAAGGCUCCCUGACACUCCUGUAGUGAUAAAAGUGAUAAGAGAAAUGAGAUUAUUAUAUUGUUGGAUUUCAGUCACGUAUAGAGCAACAACAGUGAUGUGCAGAAGGUUGAAACUAAUUUGAAAUGUUUUAAGCAGCAGUUGGGGUUUGGAGCUGUAUUGGAGGCUGCGUAGGCACCAGGGUGAGCCUGCAGUGGAGUUCUCCCAGGACCUGGAGGGAGGAACAAAUAUUGCAAUUGUCAGACUGAAAAGGAAAGCAUAAUGUGACAGGAGAAGUAUAUCACAGAAAUAGAUCUGCAGUUAUUGAACAGGCCUAUCUUUAAUUUGAGAACAAGGAUUUGUUUGGUGGGAUCUUUUAUUGAGACAGCUUUAUAGUUAGGAGACCAUGCUAGACAAACUUUCAAGUAUAAAUUUCCUCAGGAGAUGAUCUGAAGAAUGGCAUUUUGUGCCUGGAAGUUUGCCUACAUCUUCUCCCACAUAUAUAGCUGGUUCCAUAAAAAGAUAUCGCUAAACACAUCCUGGUUCUCUCAGAUUCCCUGAACCAUCAACAACAUCACAAUUGUAUCCCCUGUCCUUAGUAUACAGAAAUGAAUAGACAAGAGCCUUAAUAAUUUAUCCUGUGAUUAAAAAAACCCCCAGAUAAUCUGCAAGGAAACUUUACUGUGUUUAUAAGUUUGUUUAUGGCAUACGAGGCUAUGCUGAUUGAGUACCCUACAACAAAAUAUAUUUGCAGGCGCUGUGAGUUUACAAAGACACUCUGCUGUCUAUGCAGCUUCUGCCCUGCAUAACAAGCAAACAUAAAAUAGCAGAAAGCCAUCUUUGCCUCUGCCUUCCCAGCCUCCACCCUUGGCCUCAUGCCCCUGUGUUGCACCUCCUAAAAUAGUCAGCAUAGAGCCUUGUUCAGUAUGGCCAGUGAUUAGAGCCAGAGAGAGGAUGGCUCAAGAUUGGAACGAGAGAGACUUUCUCUGACCCACACUCCCUCUGUGCAGUCUUGGGUCACUUCAGCUCCAUUUUUCCUGUUUGAAACUGAAUUAAGAGGGAAAUGACAUUUGUCUACUCUUGUAAAGGGCUUUUUUUGAAUAAAAACAUUGCAUGUGUAUCCAAA